AUGUUUCGCGUGAGAUCACCACCGGUCACAGACAGACGAUCAGACACUUCCAGCGCAGUCAAGAGCACGAGAAUGAAAUCGCAAGGGGUGCAAAAGCGAAGAGUGUACUUGGAAGCAUACCGCGCCAACAGGACUCGACAACACGUAGUCCAUGCCGUUAACAUCACCCCCACUUCUAAACCCUCGCAGGCGUGCCUACUACCGGCACAAUCCCCGUACGUCUUCGAUCGCGAGGUCGCCAUGCUUUGCGCAGAUCUGAUUUUCGCCAAGGCUUCCGCACGGUGCGACGCGUUCGCUGUUGGGCUCUCCGGCAGCUACGGCUACUACCUGUACACCCACCGACACCACUUCAAUCGUGCGCUGGCGUUUCUCCAAUGGUCCCUCGCGGACGACCCCGACGAUCUGUCGAGCCUUUUUGUACUUGCGCAUCUGGUCCACUUCCAACUCAGGGAUUUGGAUCAAGCCGAGCAAUAUUACACUGAAGUGAUGGAGAGCUCCGAGACACCCUUUGCAGAGUGCUACAUUAGACUAGCUAUGGUGCAUUGGCAGAAAUCUCAGUUUGAGAAGGCUCAGCAGACCUACGAAUCGGCUCUCCUUGUAGUAGCUGACAAGGACCGAAGUCGGGUCCUCAAUCACUAUGCGAAUUUUCAAAUAGUACUCCGAGACUACGAUGAAGCCAUCACCAUAGCCAGCAAAGUAGGUCCGAUCUCAAAUCCGCGAACUCACCAACAGGUGGUACAUGCUGAGCCAGAGAACAUCCACGCCGUUGGCACCCUGGCAUUGCUGCUAUUGCUGUACAAGAAUAAACCACCGGAAGCAAGGACACUCUUCAGAUCAGUGUUGCCUCUGGUCACACGCACCGGACCGCACAUCUAUGGCGUCUUGCUUGUCUAUAGCUACGCGAUGUUCUGUGCACUUACAGGCUGCCAGGAGGAGGCGAAGAUGUACUGGCGGAGGGCUGAGGAGUUGGACGUUUUCCCGGAUACGUUUGAGUUCAUCGAGACAUACUAUCUGCAAGGUAUGGCACAAGCCCUCCCUCAAAUGCCCUACACCGCUGCAAACAUGCGUGCGUUCAGUGCCUUUCAGGAGGACAUGGGGUCUGUAUAG